CGCCCGUGUCGCCGAAGGAGAUCCUGCGGCCCCUCCCGCGGCCCCCCAGGGCGGGACCGGCCUCAUUUUCUCUCCGCAGGGGCCCGGCCAUGUGGGCGCCAGCUCGGGCUGGGAACGUUGACUGAGAACUCGCGUCUGCAGGAAGGCUUCCCCGCACCGCCCAUUUCACGGAUGGGGCCGGAAGGUCUGUACCUGCCCGGCGGCACUGUGCGGAGUCCCAAGCCUCUCCACUCCUGGCCCACCGGCGGCGCCUCCGAUGGGCUGGUUGCUCUGUGAGGCAGUCCUCACCCUACUGGACUCCCAACCUUGGAGUGGCACUGGCCCUUCUCCUUUACGCUGGCCAGGUCACUGCCGGGACCCUCCCUGGAGCAAGUAGGGCCUGGCCCAGGGGACCGCACAGGCCCCCUUUACACACACUCCCUGGCUACUGUCCUGGAGAGCACGAACCCCUCUGUUGCUGGCCCUCCACACUGAGGUUCUAGCUGGAGUCCGGCAGAGCCAGGUUGUCUCCCGAGUGCCAGGCCCUGCCCAAGGUCACAGCAAGUCGCUACAGAGCCUGCCCUGGGACCAGGCCUCCCAUGGCCCGGCCCGGGCUCAGCGCACACCACACGCCCCCCGGCAGGAGGCUCCACACCUGCCUGAGCCACCCGUGCCCUCAGAGCCCUUUGGGGCAAGCCUCCUGCCAGAGGGGCCGCUGCCCAAUCACACUGCCCACCCACAGAGUGAUGGCACGCUCUGCCCCUCACACCCAGUGUGCACUUCGGAUGUGCAGCUCAGUGCCUCUGGGCUACCCCUCUGUCCCUCACCUAGAUGCCAGGCACCCCCAGUGGCCAUGACCUGACUGCUUCCCUUCUGCUCACAGCCUGCCGGCUACUGGCCUCACCCAGCAUCCAGGAAGGUACAUGGUCAACCCACUUUCCAGCGAGAAUUACUACCAAACUCGACUCAUUGGGCCAGAGACCCGUGUGCUGUUCGAAGAAGACUUGCCCCUCACAUAACAUACUACCUGCACCUGGUGAGGAUCGGCUAGCAGAGCCCUCAAGGUCUGGGCCCUGGCGGGGGCCACCUGUGGCUCUUCCGAAUGUGUGACCACACAGCUGCUAACUGGCCCAGAGCGUGCUCCCACUGGGUGACAGCGAUGCCGUAGACGGGGAUCUGGCGCGGGUAUCGAGAAGGACAGCUAGAGCCCCUAACCCUGGGCCCGCUGCCCACCUGCUCCCCACUGCAGCUGUGCCCAUGCUGCCGCCGCCCUCAGAGCAGGCCCUGAGCCAGCUGUGGGCUCACAAGGAGGGCGAGAGCAGAGCCCUGCAGGCCCAGCGCUGCCAGCCGCGGGACGCCGCGCUGCAGGACGCGCACAGCCAGCUGCACCAGGCGCAGGGGGCGCUGCGGCGCCUGCAGGAGGACUUCGUCUACAACCUGCAGGUGCUGGAGGAGCGGGACCGCGAGCUGGAGCGCUACGACGCGGCCUUCGCCCAGGCCCGAGGGCUGGAGGAGGCGCGGCAGGCGGAGGUGAGCGAGCUCAGGGUGGAGGCGGCCCGGCUGAGGCAGGCGCUCGCCCGCGAGGCCCGGCGGCGGGAGGACCUGCAGCGGCAGCACCAGCUGAAGCUGCAGGAGCACCGGCUGGAGCUGGAGCGCAUCCACAGUGACAAGAACAGCGAGAUGGACCAGCAGCGGGAGCAGUACGAAAACCUGAAAUGGAAGCUGGAGAGAAGGCUCGAGGAGCUCGAUGGCGAACUUGCCCUGCAGAGGAAGGAGCUGCUGCUGGAAUUUGAGUCUGAAAUGCAGAAGAGGGAGCACGGGUUCCGCCUGCAGGCGGACAGCAUGAGCAACGUGGUCUUGACUCAUGAGCUCAAGGUAAAACUGCUGAACAAGGAGCUCGUGGCUCUGAAGGACGCGGCCGCACAGGCCGCGGAGUCGCUGCAGAGCGCCGAGGCCGCCAACGCGGGGCUGGAGGAAAAGCUGCGGCACGGUGGCCGGGAGCUCAGGGACCUGGCCGCCGCCAAGGACGCCCGGAUAAAGGACUUAGAGGGCAAACUAAACUGUGUGCAGCUCUCCAGGAAGAAGGAAGAGGAGGUGUUCAGGAGGAAGCAUGAGGAGCUCGACCAUCUGGCCAGGGAGAGGGACGCGGUGCUGGCGGCUGUGAAGGGCGCCCACGCGGAGCAGCUGCAGGUGCUGGAGGCCAGGGCCCUGGGGCUGCAGGCCCACUGUGAGGCCCUGGAGCUGCAGCUCCGCAGGGCGGAGUGGAGGCAGGUCGAUGCCCUGAAGGAGAAGGACGCCGCCAUGGACAAACUUCGGGAAGAUGCAUCAGCUCUAAAAUCCGGCUGGGAUGCCCAGAUCGCUCAGCUGUCCAAGGAGAUGAUCUCCAAGGACCUUCAGCUUCAGUCGCUGCAGGAAGAGGAGGUAGAACUCAAGGCACAUCUGGCCAGAUGCCAGCAGGACAUCGGAAGGUACAAACAGCAGCUGUCCGCGGCCGCGGAGAGGGAGCGGUGCCUGGAGCGCGAGAAGAUGCAGCUGGAGCUGGACUGGCGGCAGCGCUGUGACAGUGUGGAGAGGGACCAGUACCGCAAGUCUGAGGACCUGAUUCAGGCCCUGACCGAGGCGCGGGAUCAGGUUGCUGCCAAGCUCCAGGAGACAGAGCGGACGCUGCGUGACCAGGAGGUGGUGCUGAAGGCCUUGACCCUGGAGAGAGACCAGGCCGUGCAGGCGCUGAGGACACAGGGGCUCCUUCCUGAGAAGGAGGUGCAGAUGCUCCUAAGGCAUCACGAGGAAGAAAUAAGGGGAAGUUUUCCGUCUAGUGAGAUCCAGAGGCUCCAGGAGCAAAACACAAGCUUACGAAGGGCUGUUUCAGAGAUGAGGAAAGAAAUGGAGACCCUGAGUGACCUCGUUCUUCCUCCUGCCCCGUCAGGGGGUCAGUCCUCCGACACAGAGCAGCCCCGUCCAAGCCCAGAGGCAGCAGCUGAGGCUCCUGAUCACGUUACAGUCCUUGAAACAGAAAUACGAAACCUAAAGCAUAAAUUUAAAACCUUGGAAGAACAAGUAGAAGAUGUGUUAGAUCCUUCCAAAAGGCCCUGCUCUUACACCGACUUUCAGCCCAGCGUCUGCACCUCGGCCGGAGUCCCCGGAGGAGCCGUGUCAGCUGAUGGUUCACCCAUUGGGCUAGCCCUCAGGAGGCUCAGGGACAGGGCACAUCUCACAAACUUCCUGGUGGCCCGGCUCAGGCGGAAGCUGCUGCAGCGACCCCUGGACAUGGACACUGUCCAGCACGAGCUUCCCCGUGAGGUGGGCCAGGUGCACCUGGAGGUUUCAGAGCUGCGGAAGCAGGUGGCUGAGCUGGAGGAGCAUCUCGGGAGCAGGCCGCAGUUGCAAGCCUUGGACAAGGUGGCCCCUGGGAAGGAGGUCCCUGCAGACCAAGGACCCACAGGGGCAGAGGACCAAGGGCCACAGCCACAACAGGCCUUGUCUGUGCCCCAACUCCAGAGGAAACUAAAGGAGGCAGCUCGAAAAAUCCUCCGCCUCUGCCUGGAGAAAGAACAGCUCCUGGAGAUGGGGAACAGGCUCCGUGCAGAGCUGGGCCACCAUGCCCCAGGGAAACCGCCUCGUCACCCUCUGCCCACCCCUGAGGCCCAGAACAUGAGUGUCGCACCUGAGGCCCCUUUGGGACAGUUGCAACCCCAUUCUGCAGCUCAGAGGCAACACAGAAUCUCUACAGUGACUUGCAGAUCAACUCGGCACAAAGAAAACCGGUCCCCAAAGCCACGCCCAGCUCAAGAAUUCCACAGGGAAAGUGGGCACCGCACCAGAAGCUCCUCAUCAGCGGCCAGCGGUCCCCUCCAGGACACGUGGAAGUUACUGGACCUGGGAUCCAGCCCCUCUGGCCUCACCUCCCAGGACGACUCUGCACCAGUAGAGUUCACGGCACGUCCAGCAGCCGACAGCCUCGGACACCCGGAUAGGAGCCCCGUGGGGACACGGGCAGCCUUUGCCAUCGAAGGGAUGAAGAUGGAAGCGCAGGCAAAGGCCAAGCCCACCAGACCCUCCAGGGCUCACCCUGCAAAAACUAAAGGCUGCCAGAGACCCCCCAAGAUCCGUAACUACAAUUUGAAGGACUGACUUCUUGAGCCUUCCUUCUCCCACGCCCUCCCCCUUCCCCUCCCCUCCCGUGUUGGUGCUUGGGGCCUGCGCUUUCACCAUGCAUCAGGGGGUGUGUGUGCAAGUACCCACAUGUGCACGAGGAGAGUGCGAGUGCAUGUGCGCGCAGACAGCUGCAGAGCGGCUUCCCCGGGCUCUGACCGACCCAGAGCCAUUAAAGCCCCUGCCUCCGGUGCUCUCGCUGGGCCCUGGAGUUACUGACCUGUCCUACAGUGCCCCAGUGACAUGGGAAGGAAGCCAGGAGGGCCCCCGGGGGCGGGGGUCACAGACAGCGCGGCCUGAUGAGGGUGUGGGGGCACGGGGAGCAGAAUGCCCACCCACAAAGUAGGCGUUUCCCCGGAGUGCUGCACGUGGGAGGGGACCUCCUGGAAGAAGGGAGAACCGGGGUUCUGGGUGAGCCAGCGGCCAGACCAGAGGCCUGCUCCCCUGCUCAUGUCAUGUCAUGAUGGGGUGGGGGUGGCACUUGCAGUGCUCGUUGGCCCCGUGAGACCAACCCAGCGGGUCAGUCUGGAGCCUUCCACGUCCGCACCCCCCCGCCACCGCGUAGGACAGUAGCGGGGCAUCUCCGACAGCUAGAUGCCUGGGGCCCGGCACCUGAUACCCUUGCUCCAAGUACCACAAAACCACACCCACACUUCCCCACCCGAAAAACGUCUCAUAAAUUCUAACCACACAGCCUUGACACUUGUGGAUUUGCUCUACAGUGAACUUCCUGCUCAAGAUCACAAUCUCCUGCCUCAGGAGGGUCAGCGUGGGAGAGGCCAGGGCGUGCGCUGCAUCACUCUCCCAGAGCCCUCAGCCCGUUGCUCCCCUGUGCCCACACCGAGCUGGCAGCACCAGAACACUCCUUGCCCACAGCAGCUCAGCAAUGGAGACAGCCUGUCCCCGCUCUAGGCAGAGCAUGGUUGUGCCCUCAGGCAGCCUGGGCCCUCCGCACUGAGGCUUUCCCUUUCUGGACAGCCAGCUCUCAUGGAACCGGGCAGACCGCUUCUCCGGGAGGACGGGAGAAUGCUGGGGGAAGGCUGACCUACACACGUCAUGUGGCCUUCAUGGCUUCCGUUGGCCCUCAAGUAAAAUGUGCACAGUGUCCUCUCCCUACCUGGCUCACAGGUGGGGGGCACGUGAGGAUGCAACAUCACGGGGAGAGACCACAAACAGUAGUGCUGGUCAUGCAUGUGCCUGAUGCAGGGCCAAGAGAUCACAGACCAGGCCCCAGUGAUUUGCAAUGGCUCCUGCCCCAUCCCGUGCACCCUUGAGCUCCAUGUGACGGCACACGGGCCUGAGGGACAUCCUUGCCACAGGCUAAGUACGCAGCCUGGGCACGCUGUGCUUCCAGGAGCUGCAGAGGCAAUGCUGGGCCGUUCCCGCCGUGCCAGGAAGCAGCAGCCUGGAAGCAGCUUUGCCGAGGGGUGGCAGGGGUCUCGGUGCUUGGCUGUGUCUGACGUGUGCCCUUAGAAGGGACGCAUGGCUGUGUGACUCCCUGAAGCUGAAAACCUGAGCGGAGAUGCCUUGUCACUUUCCAAAGAGGCACUUCAGAGCCCGUGAGCGAGUCUCCGAGCCCUCCCUCUAGGGUGCAAACCCAGGCCCUCCAUCAAGGUUGGCCCAGCCUGGGAUCAGCCCCCAUCACCUGGGCCCCUGGCAGGCUGCAGUGAGCAGAGUCCCACUGACCAGCAAGAAAUGAGCCUGGGAUAACUUAAGUCACCAAAAGUUGGGAGCGUUACUCAGCAUGGUCCAGUGACUCCUGGCCCAGGGUGCAAGGUAUCUGAAAAAUUCUUAAAUUGGAAGAGAAAGAAAAACCCAUGGGAAGGUUGUUCAGGACAUUAAUUCAGCUGGUGGGCCUUAGGGCACUCUCCCACCUCUUCCUGGCCUGCCCUUUCUUCCGCUGUCAGGAGUUAGAAGCCCCCAGUGACAGGAUGCCAAGGGAAACAUGGGAGCAUCGGAGCAUGGAGUGGCCACUGGGACCUGACGGGGCUGGUGAGCACUGUGGGGCAUGCAGGAGCAUGUGGCCAAGUGAAGCUGUGGCGUCUGGUUUCACCGUGCCAGUCCCGUUCUGUGCUGUCCCUGAGCUCGUCAAGGCAAAGCCCGAGGGGUUGCCAUGGAGCGCAGUGAGGAGUGCAGCGUUUGAUUUCAAGACAAUGAGGCGGUGAAGAAGCAGGGCGCUGGCCGUCCUGGGGACCAACAGGGACUCUGCUGGCCUCACAGAGGACCUACUUGGGGGCCCAUAAGGGGGCCUGGGUCCUGCAGGGCAUGGCCGCUAGGGAGGGAGGGCGGCCUUCCUGACUCUCAGCUGACCCCUAGACGGGGGUCUGUCUCGUUUUGGUCUGGAAGCCGAGGUCUUUUUGUGAGUUCGGUAACCAUGUGAGCAGGGGAACGCACGGAGACGCAGGGCUGGAGCUCCAGCCGGGGCGUGUGCGCGCCCGUGGGUGCAAGUGGCCACGUGCGCGCGCGAGUGCCUCUGCCCGGGGAGGCGCCUUUGUUCGAACCACGCCAAGCGCUGUCCGAGCCUCGCUCUACCCGCGGGCUCCGGGAGCCGUGGAGCACGCGCGCGGGCCCGUAAGACUGGGGAGGCCGCGCCGCGCUGCGGUGACCGGCAGUGACCCCGCCCGGGGCGCCCUCGGCAGGGGUCAACGACCGCCGAGCAGCCCAGCCCAUCACCCUAUCGCCUAGCAACGCCCACUCGCGCGCCGCCAUUGGGCCGCUGCGCACGCCCCCGGCCCCCGAUUGGCCGCGGCGGCGGAGCGAGCCCCGCCCCUUACCCCCCCCCACCCCGGCCCGGCUCCGCGCGGCCAGACCGCCGGCCGGCCGGUCGGUGUUCCCGGGGGUCCGGCCGGUCCCCGGCGUGCCCCCAGAGUGGCGCCCAAGCACACGCCCGUCCAGCCUCACCCGCGCGGCGCGCACACGUGGUCCCGCGGCCCGAGGGUGUGGGGGGCGGCCCCGGGAGGGGCGGGGGCCCCCGGGGGCCCCC